GCCAUGUUGUGGCUCCCGCAGCCGGCGCCGGGGACGCGCGCGGCCGAGCCCGGGGCCUGCCGCCGCCGCCGCCGCUAGGUUCUGAAGGAGUUGUGUCAAGAGAUAAUGGUGGCCCCCUGCCUCUCAUGAACGCACUCCAGGGGUUGAAGAGGAUGAUGAAGUCCUCGUACGUGGCAGACGAACUCCUGGCCUCCCAUGUGAGGCCAGGUCACAAUUAUCGGAGCCCCCUGCAAAUUUCCUGAGUAGUUCAGAGGUGGCAUGGAGGGUCUUUUGCAAAAAUAAGGCCACAGACCUACACCCCAGGUUUAAUCCAGAAUAGCUUACCACUUCUCUGAAGAACAGAGUUCACUGUAAGAUUUCUUACCUCUGAGUAGUAGUGGCAUUGGGGUGGUUUUUAGUUUUUUAGUGACUUUUUUCCCAGUCAUAUGAAUUUUCUAUAGGCUCAUAGAUCAUCUUUAUGAAAACAAACCAAUAACCGAUAAAUCUGUUUUCAUUUUAGAGUCAAACAUUGAAAGUCCUAAAGGCCAGAGCCGCGUCCCUCUAGAAGACGCGCUGUUGCAGCUGGCCACCCCCCUCGGUCACGUGUCCGCGAAGACGCCUUGGUUAGACGUGCAGCAGACACAGCUCUUGCAGACAGGAGGGCUAGGCUAGGACCUUGGAGCGCGGGGGGCCCUGCGUUCAGAAAGCAGGGCUGCGCCCACCUGGCAGUUACUGACGAGUGGAGUCGGACUUGGCUUCAUUUUCUUCCUCCUCUUCUUCUUUUUUUUAUUCAGCAGUUGAACAGUUAAAUUCAUCAUCUGAAUGACGGCUUCUAGCUUCAUCUGUUGGGUGUUUUCCGUAGGCGUACUUUUAAAGAAAGCACUCCUUUUGGGCGCGGUCAUGGGCUUUCUCCCUUGGGCCACGGGGCCCAGUCUGCACUUCGACAUGGAAGAUGCUAGAGGCCUUGGUCACAACCUGGGGGCCACUGGACUCUGAAGAGAUGCGGUUCUUGUGUGUGGUGUUUGGACACUAGACCAUGUGCCUGGGUAGGAGCCGUUCCUCUCUCCACUGCUCUGCGCCGCCAGCACCGCGCCCCGCGCCCUCGUCCUGAGGCCGCCGUGAGUCAGUCCAGCCGCCGCCUGCAGAGGGCACGUGGUAGCCCCCGGACCAGAUACCUCCUGAGGGCCCCUCCAGCUCCGACGUCCUCCUUUACCAGCGUCCAGCCAUGGGGGAUAUGAAAACUCCAGAUUUUGAUGACCUUCUGGCUGCCUUUGACAUCCCAGACCCCACCAGCCUCGAUGCCAAGGAGGCCAUCCAGACCCCCAGUGAGGAGAAUGAGAGUCCCCUCAAACCUCCAGGCAUGUGUAUGGAAGAGAGUGUGUCCUUGUCGCACUCAGGGUCGGCCGCCGACGUGCCGGCCGUGAGCGUCAUUGUCAAGAACACCAGCCGCCAGGAGUCGUUCGAGGCGGAGAAAGACCACAUGGCUCCCAGCCUCCUCCACAACGGAUUCCGGGGCUCGGACCUGCCCCCGGAGGCCCACAGCUUGGGCCACGGCUGCGGGAAGUUCGAUUCCACGUUCAUGAAUGGAGACAGUGCCCGGAGCUUCCCGGGCAAGCUGGAGCCUCCCAAGUCAGAGCCGCUGCCAACCUUUAACCAGUUCAGCCCCAUCUCCAGCCCAGAGCCCGAGGAUGGCAUCAAAGAUAACGGGUUCGGGCUGAAGCCCAAGCACUCUGACAGCUAUUUCCCGCCUCCUCCUGGGUGCGGGCCUGUCGGGGGCCCAGUCCUGGAGGCCCUGGCUAAGUUUCCGGUCCCGGAGCUGCAUAUGUUCGACCACUUCUGUAAGAAAGAGCCCAAGCCAGAGCCCCUGCCCCUGGGGAGUCAGCCGGAGCCUGAGUGCGGGGCGCAGAAGGCGGCGGAGCCUCCCAAGGAGCUGGACGCCAGCCGCUUCUUCGGGGACGCGUUGGAGUUCAACAGCCACCCCAGCAACAGUGUCGCAGAGCCCAAGGGGCUGGCGGCGGAGCUGGGCGCCUGCUCAUCAGUGCCCCCGAGGCAGCGUCUGAAGCCAGCCCACUCCAAGCUGUCCUCCUGUGUGGCGGCCCUGGUGGCCCUGCAGGCCAAACGAGUCGCCAGCGUCACCAGGGAGGAUCAGCCGGGCCACACAAAGGAUCCCUCAGGGCCCACGAAAGAGGGCUCCAAGGGCAGCCCCAAAAUGCCCAAGUCACCAAAGAGUCCCCGGAGCCCUCUGGAGGCCACAAGGAAAAGCAUCAAGCCAUCGGACAGCCCCCGGAGCAUCUGCAGCGACAGCAGCAGCAAAGGCUCUCCUUCAGUGGCUGCCAGCUCCCCACCAGCAAUUCCCAAAGUCAGAAUCAAAACCAUUAAGACAUCAUCGGGGCAAAUCAAACGGACCGUCACCAGGAUCCUGCCAGACCCUGACGACCCCAGCAAGUCCCCCGUUGGGUCACCUUUGGGGAGCACCAUUGCUGAGGCCCCCAGCGAGGCGCCGGAGGACGAGGUCCAUGCCCUGCCGGCCGCGGAGCACUUUCCUGAGGGGGGCACAUGCGCGGGGAGCCCCCAGGGUGACAGGAAAGGGGUUGAGAGCGCGACCAAGGCCAGUGAACCCGCGUCUCCCAGCUGCAGCGCUGGGCCCCGGGCCCCGAAGGCGGCAGCGCCGGGCUCGCAGACGGGCAAGAAGCCGCAGCAGGGCGCGGCGCCGCAGGCGUCCGCCCCGGCCUCUGCCAACCUCCUGCCCAAGGCCGUGCACCUGGCCAACCUGAACCUGGUCCCCCACAGCGUGGCGGCCUCCGUGACAGCCAAGUCCUCCGCGCAGAGGCGGAGCCAGCCGCAGCCCACGCAGAUGUCGGUGCCCCUGGUCCACCAGGUGAAGAAGGCCGCCCCGCUGGUCGUGGAGGUCUUCAACAAGGUCCUCCACAGCUCCAACCCCGUGCCCCUCUACGCGCCAAAUCUCAGCCCGCCCGCCGACAGCAGGAUCCACGUGCCCGCCAGUGGGCACUGCUGCCUGGAGUGCGGGGACGCGUUUGCCUUAGAGAAGAGCCUGAGCCAGCACUACGGCCGGCGCAGUGUCCACAUCGAGGUGCUGUGCACGCUCUGCUCCCAGACGCUGCUCUUCUUCAACAAGUGCAGCCUGCUGCGCCACGCCCGUGACCACAAGAGCAAGGGGCUCGUCAUGCAGUGCUCGCAGCUACUCGUGAAGCCCAUCUCUGCGGACCAAAUGUUCGUGUCGGCCCCCGCGAACUCCUCCCCGGCCCCCGCGGUCCCGGCCCCCGGUCCCCCUCCCCCGCCCUCCCCCAAACACGGCCCCACCAUUCCAGCCCUGCCGCUCUACCCCGACCCCGUGAGGCUCAUCCGGCACGGGGUCAAGUGUCUUGAAUGUCACAAGCAGAUCCGUGACCACACGGUCAUGGCCGCACAUUUCCAGAGGAUGUCAGAGGAGACCGAGGGGCUGACGUGCCCAGUGUGCCAGAUGCUGCUGCCCAACCAGUGCAGCUUCUGUGCCCACCAGCGGAUCCACACCCACAAGUCCCCGUACUGCUGCCCGGAGUGUGGGGCCCUCUGUCGCUCCGCCUACUUCCAGACCCACGUGAAGGAGAACUGCCUGCACUAUGCCCGCAAGGUGGGCUACAGGUGCAUCCACUGCGGGGUCGUCCACCUGACCUUGGCCUUGCUGAAAAGCCACAUCCAGGAGAAACACUGCCAGGUUUUCCACAAAUGUGCUUUCUGCCCCAUGGCCUUCAAGACUGCCAGCAGCACCGCGGACCACAGCGCCACCCAGCACCCCACCCAGCCCCAGAGACCCUCCCAGCUCAUGUAUAAGUGCUCCUGUGAGAUGGUCUUCAACAAGAAGAGGCACAUCCAGCAGCAUUUUUACCAGAAUGCCAGCAAGGCGCAGGUGGGCGUCUUCAAGUGCCCCGAGUGCCCGCUCUUGUUCCUGCAGAAGCCGGAGCUGAUGCAGCACGUCAAGAGCACCCACGGCGUUCCCCGAAACGUGGAGGAGCUGUCAAGCCUCCAGUCUUCAGCAGACACGUCCUCCAGCCGCCCCAGUUCUCGAGUUCCCACGGAGCCUCCCACCACCGGCGUGGCUGCGCGGGGCAGCUCCCUGCCAUCUGGCCGCUGGGGCAGGUCCGAGGCCCAUCGCCGGGCCGAGGGCAAGCCCCGGCUGAGGAGCGCCGGCUGGACCUGCCAGGAGUGCCAGGAGUGGGUGCCUGAUCGGGAGAGCUAUGUGUCCCACAUGAAAAAGAGCCACGGUCGGGCGCUGAAGCGGUACCCGUGCCGGCAGUGUGAGCAGUCCUUCCACACCCCCAGCAGCCUGCGCAAACACAUCCGCAACAACCACGACACCGUCAAGAAAGUCUACACGUGUGGGUAUUGCACAGAGGACAGUCCCAGCUUUCCUCGGCCCUCCCUCUUGGAGAGCCACAUCAGCCUUAUGCAUGGUAUCAGAAACCCAGAUUUGAGCCAGACGUCCGAAAUCAGACCUCCAGGCGGACAUUCCCCUCAGGUGAACCAUCUGAAGAGACGGGUCAGCGGGGCGGCGGACGCUCCAGGCACCAGCAACGGCGUGACCGUCUCCUCCAACAAGAGGCACAAGUCCCUUUUCCAGUGCGCAAAAUGCAGCUUUGCCACAGACUCGGGGCUCGAGUUUCAGAGCCACAUACCUCAGCACCAGGUGGACAGCUCCACGGCCCAGUGUCCGCUCUGCGGCCUGUGCUACACCUCCGCCAGCUCCCUGGGCCGCCACCUCUUCAUCGUCCAUAAGGUGAGAGAGCAGGAGGACGAAGAGGAGGCAACGGAGGAGGCAGAGCCGGAGGAGGGCUCCGGGGAGGAGGCGUCCAUGGACACCAGGGAGAACGGACUGGAAGAAUGUACUGGCGAGCCUUUGUCAGGCGACCCAGAGGCCCGAAGAUCGCUGGGCCCAGCCCCUGCGGAGGACGGUGCCCACGAGGCUCAGAGUCAACCACAGGCCUCUCAGGAUCAGGACAGCCACCUACCGUCCCCUCAGGUGUGACCGGAGGCUCGGCGGUGUGUGCGGCCGGGUGUGCCGUGGCGUGCUGCGCGGGCUGUGCGAACAGCGGGGAACAAACCGCUCUGCCCGGUGGGAGUGUGGCAGGCUGGGCCCUGGGGCGGUGUCUGCCCUGAGCUGCGGGUGCUGGGUGUGCCCGGCCCCAGGGGCUGUGGGUGGCCCAGGACCCUCACACAUCUGAAUUUACUUCUGUUAUUUAUGGCUUUGUGCUGCUUCUCAGUACCCCAACUCUUGUCUGUAUCCGUCCACCUCCAGGCCGCUUCAGUGGCCCGAGCCCAACGCUGCCCGCUCCGCUUGAAACCCCUCAGCGGCUGCGCUCUUUGGAGAAGCCCCCCCCACCCGCUGCCUCCAGCCAGGGGCUCCUCCGAGCUGCCCGGGAGGUCGGAGCCAGAGAAAGGGGGCCGGGAGGGCUGGCGCUUUCCCUCUUGGAGCGCUUGGCCCGGCCCGGCCCGGCCUUGCCUUGGUCACCUUGCCCUUCCUUCCUGUUUUCUCUGACUCUUUCCCCCCAAAGUAGUCCCGCAGGGUUGACUGGCUCACCCUGCCCGUGCGGGGGGGAGGAACGUCGGCAGCACAACCCUGUCGCAGCCUGGGGCGGGGCGGGCGGGCAGGCAGGCAGGCGCGAGAGCAGACCCCUCCGAAGGGGCGUGCGGCCUGUCCUGCUGCCCUGCCUUUCCUGACGAGGGGGGUGUGGGACACACAGACGUUGGGACGUUUGUAUUCUUCCUCCUGUGCCAUUAGAGAGGCUGCUGCCCCCGGCAGGCCAGCCCCGUCCUCUUGGUUACACUCAUGUUGCUCAGACUAUAUUUCAAAUAAAAAAUUCUUCUUACCAUGCAGGUGGGCUCUUGUAUUCCUCUUCAGGUGAGCCUGGC